AUGGAGAUCGAGCCGCUUACCGCGCUCCUGAAGCGCGAGACAGACGCCUGUGCCACGGGUAACGAUUACGAUGGCCACAUGGGUCUGCGUAUCUCGUCUAUCUUUGUCAUCAUGGUCGGGUCACUGUUUGGAGCCCUCUUUCCUGUAUUCGCUCGACGCUUUAGUGGGAAAGGCGGUUUCCCACAAUGGGCCUUCUUCAUCGCCAAAUAUUUUGGAUCGGGUGUCAUUAUCGCGACUGCCUUCAUUCACCUGCUGGCGCCGGCCGAAGAGGCUCUCACGAACUCGUGUUUGACGGGUCCAAUCACCGAAUACAGCUGGGUUGAGGGCAUCAUUUUGAUGACCAUUGUCCUUCUGUUCUUCGUCGAGCUGAUGGUCAUGCGCUUCUCCCGCUUCGGAGGGAGCCACUCUCACGGCGACGAGGAGGACCACUCCCACUCCCACAGCGACACCGCCGAGCCCAUGGUUCAGCAAGUGAGCCACAGCAAAAGUCACCACAUGCCCGGUGAGGAUCACCUCGGUCACUCCCGCGAGCAUCACGACACCGAUGACGCUGAAAAAGAGGACAUCACAUCUGUCGAAGACUAUGCCGCUCAGCUGACCUCCAUCUUUAUUCUUGAGUUCGGUAUCAUCUUCCAUUCAGUCUUCAUUGGCCUCACGCUGGCGGUAUCAGGUUCCGAGUUCACCACCCUAUACAUCGUCCUAGUUUUCCAUCAGACCUUCGAGGGCCUGGGUUUGGGUUCCCGACUUGCCUUGCUUCCCUGGCCCAAAUCCAAGCGCCACACACCGUACCUUCUCGGACUUGCCUUUGGUAUCUCGACUCCCAUCGCCAUUGCCAUUGGACUGGGCGUCCGCCAGAGCUAUCCGCCUGAGGGGCGCACGACGCUGAUCGUCAACGGUGUUUUUGAUUCCAUCUCCGCCGGUAUUCUCAUUUACACUGCGCUAGUAGAGCUCAUGGCUCACGAGUUUAUGUUCAGCCACUCGAUGCGCAAAGCUCCGAUCCGGGAGGUGUUGGCCGCUUUCAUCCUGUUGUGCAUGGGCGCCGCCCUCAUGGCUCUUCUCGGGAAAUGGGCAUAG